AUGUUUAAAAAAAUGAGUGAAGAAGAACCAGGAAAAGUUGAGCCAAAAAAGAUUAGUUUUUCACUCAAAAGUGAUUUGACUAUAAGAGCUCUUGCUUCACUCGGAAUAAAAGAAGAAGAACUUUCAAUGCCAAAUUUGUCUGAAUUAAAAGCUCAAUAUAAGACUACUGAACUUGCAAAUAAAGUAUAUCAAAGAAAAAUACAAAAUAGAAAUGAUUUGAUCGAUAAAAUUACAGAACAAAGAAAGAAUUUACAAUCAGAAGGAGAUGAAAAACCUUUAAAGGCAGAUGGCACUAUUUUAAAGGAAAAGCGUGCUUACGAAUUCACAACUACUUUAAUUGAACAGAAAAACGAGACAAAUAAUAAAACACUCAAAAGAUUAGCGAUAAAUCAGUUACGCCACAAUUAUAUCAAGCAAAAAACUGAAGACAAAAUAGAAAAAUGCAAUGAGGUAACUGCAACAUUCACAGAAAAGCGAGAUCAAACUCUUUCCAGAGCUUAUACAGCUGCUCAAACACGAACUUUCGCAACUGUCUCAAGAGAGCAAGAAAAUCCAAAACUAGGAGAAGAACUAGCCGAGGAUAUGCAGAAACAUCUUGAAAUGGCCGAAACAAAGCAAAAGGAAAUCAAAGAUCAGUACAAAAACAGUAGAAAUCAAAUGGAUCAAUCAAUUGAGAAAGGAAGAGAAAGAUCUACAAAUAUGCUCAACACCAAAAAGGAUAAAACUCAGAAGAAAAUUGAUAGUUACGAAAAAUUUGUUCAAAAUAAAUCAGAUCUCAUCGCUCAGCAAAAACAAAAGUUUGUUGAGAGAGGUCAGACUAUUUCUGAUAAAGGAGCUUCAAUGCGCGAUCAAAAUACUAAGCGCCUCGAAGAAUUAGCAAAUUCUAGGCGUGAAUACACAGAAAAACGCAUGGAACGCAGUCAAGCAGUUCUAGAAGCACAGAAUACAUUGAAGCAACAGAAAAUUGCUAAAGAAAAGGCUCGACUCGAAAAAAUGACAGAUGCAGCGAAUAAAAUCUUUGAAGGACGGGUUCAGAAGCGUGAGGACUUCCGCAGCGAGCUUGUAAGGAGAGAUGAGAAACUUACAGAGAGAAUCCAACAGUCAAAGAAUGAUAAAUUUAAUGAAACAUUUGAAAAGUCAUUACAAAGAGAUGAAAAGAUACAGCAAGCAAGAAGAAAUGCUGCUAGUCGACAAAACACUAUCCAACAAGGCUUGCUGAAGAGUAUUCUUAGAGAUUCUGGUGAAUUAUCUGCAAUUACUAAGCAAAGAGCUAAAUCAGAGCUCGAACUAAAGAAAGCAGAAAAGAACUUUGGUAAUAAACGCCGCGAACUUGAAUCUGCCCUACGUGAUGCAGAAGGAAAGCCCGAAGAAGAUCAAAUUAAGAUUUUAAUGAAAGUUCUUGCAAUAUCAAAGGAAGAAGCGCAAGAAAUAGUUACGACUGCAAAACAGCCAUAUUAA